CUUCAAGCAUCAUCAAGUGCAGGAGUCAGGUUAAGAUGGUGAUAAACCAACUCAAUUCCUUAUUCUUAUCACGACACCAGAGGGGAAGAGCGGCUGUUAAAAAUCUCUUGCAGUCAUAGAUUCACAAAUCUGAUAUAUAUAAAAUAUAUGAAAAGAAGUAUGCACAUCCUUUUCAAUUACAUCGGCCUUGUAAACCUGCACCAUUUCUUCUCUGAUAAGAUCUCAAUAAUGUCAAAUUCAGAGAGACCCCACUUCUCCAAUAUAAAUUAUAGCCUUGAAAAACUCCUGUAAAGUGCAAACUAUUACCCAUUAUUGCAUCUUGACUUGUUAUUUAAAUUUCAUCAAAUUCUAAAUCAAAUUAAGGACAACCCAAUUUUGUAUCUGUAAUUUAAGGAACUGGGUUGUUGUUUCUCGCUUUUUUUUUAAUAUAUAAAUUGAGGAUAACCCAAGUUUGUUUGCAGAAUCUGUAGGCUUGGUUGUGCUCUGUUUUUUAUUGGCAAGUUAAUUAUUUGCACGGAUAAGAUUUUUCUCUGAAAAAUCAAAAGCUCUCCUCUGUUUUUUUAAUUUUUUGAAGGGGACACAAGCUUUACCAGAGGCCUCAAAUUUAAUGGUAUUGGAUUGUGGAAGCCCCAAGGAGACGCACAAAGACUAGGUUCUGUGAUUAUUAUUCUCACAUGAGUUUUAUCGAAAUGGAUUUCAUCGAGUUAGCAAGCAAGUCAAAGUGGAAGGAUUUGAAUGAGGAGGAGGAAUAAAUCUUUUGGGCCAUGGAGAAUUCCUAUGAAACAUGUAAUGGAAAUGGGCUGUUGGAUAACGGUCAUACAACUACAAGACACACUCCUUAUCAACCCAGCAUUAAGGUACCAACACCUUGGCUUGAUUUAAGAGUGUUCUUUGUUCGUGUUAGCAAAUGUGAGAUUGAUGACUCAACUCCUGAGUUCCUUACAGUAAAUCACAUUCCAUUACACCCCGAUAUGCUUUUUGAAGUAAAUGGUAUUAGAAUUUCUGUCAACUCUGAUGGGCCAUCAAUCGUUCUUAGGAGGGAUAGGUUGGAUAAGAAGUCUGAAGAAGCUACAUUUGUUAGUACUGAUAGUAUAAGGAUUAAUGGGAGUGUGAAGUUUGAGGUUUUUGAUAAGGAUGUUCUCAUGUUAUCCGGGGUUCUUGAAAUGUGUAAUAGUAAUGGUCUUAUGGGGAAAUCAAGAGGCCAUGGCCAGAGAUGGAGCAUGAAUUGUGAAUCGGAUGUAACUGUAGGGACUAGCUUCCUGAAGGCAAAACAAUAUUUGGGUUCAGAUUCAGCUUCACCUACAGUUGAGGUCUAUGUUGCAGGAUCCUUCUCAGGCACUCCAAUUAUCUUAUCUAAGACUUUGCAGCUCUGUUUCGGUCAGAAGCAAAUAAGGAAAGGCAUGUUGGAUUAUAUACCAGAAUAUGAGGCAACUGAAGGCCUGGACUAUGUCUCAUCCAGAAUUCCUUUACAGAUGUCAGAAUACUCGAAUCACAAGCCAGAAAAUGAAGAAGACAAUCACUUGUACUCAGGAACAGAAUAUCUAGAAGGUGAAGAUGGGGAACUCUCGUGGUUCAAUGCUGGUGUUCGAGUAGGUGUUGGCAUUGGCCUAAGCAUUUGUCUAGGAAUUGGGAUAGGCGUGGGGUUGCUGGUUCAAACCUGUCAAGGCACCAAACGCAACUUUAGAAGGCGGCUACUAUAAUUAAAGAUUUUCUUGACGCCAGUAUGGCAUUACACUUUAUAUUCUCCCACUUAUAAUGCUAAAGUUGACUCUUGGUGUUUGCAGCAAAUUAUGAUUUGUGAAUAAUGUCAUUAUCUAGAUGCAGGAAUGUGUAACUUUUAGCUAUUGCUGGUUAAGCGUCUCAUCUGAAAUAAAAGGCUACUUCUUUCGAACCAGUGUUUCAACCCUUGAUUGAGAGUCUCCCAUGAGUUCCAUAUGUUAGUGUAACAUGCUGUUUGCCUUACAUCAGUGUUAAGUUCUUUGAAUUUGUUUAUUGUAGUAAGAAGAGUGGCAAUAGCAAUGAAAUUUUGUUAAUGUUGUUAA